UAAAGAUCACGUGAUCACUGAGUCAUUUCCAGGAAGGGAAACUCCCAGUGACUGAAAACUGAAAAAGCGAAACUUAACUCGGGUCUUCAGCGCGAGGGAGCCAUGGCUGCUGCGGGGGGUCACAUCCAGAAUCUCCGUGAUGAAGCCACUUGCUCCAUCUGCCUGGAUUACUUCAAGGAUCCAGUGACCGUCCCGGAGUGUGGGCACAACUUCUGCCGAUCCUGCCUGGUCCUGUUCUGGGGGGAAUUGGAGGCGGAGGCUUCCUGCCCUCAGUGCAGAGAAAGAGUCCACAGAAGGAGCCUCGUCUCCAAUCGGCAACUGGCUAAUAUGGUGGAAAUAGCGAAGAAUCUCAGCCUUCAAGAGGGAAAGGAGGAAGGAGGGAAAGGAGGAGUCUGUGAGAAGCACCAGGAGCCCCUGAAGCUCUUCUGCAAAGUCCAUGAAGCCCCCAUCUGCCUGGUGUGCGACAAAUCAAAGGGGCACAAAGAGCACGAGGUGAUUCCUCUGGAGGAGGCUUUUGAGGAAUACAAGGGAGAGAUCUGUCGCCGCCUGGAGAUUCUGAGGAAAGAGAGAGAAGAAAUUCUGGCCUAUCAAGCAGAUCUGGACAAGGAAAGCAAAGACCUCCUUAAAUUAACAGAAACAGAGAGGCUGAAGAUUGUGGAGAAGUUCAGAGAACUGCGCCGGUUCCUGAAAGAACAAGAGAAACGUCUGCUGAAUCAUAUGGAAGAGGUGGAGAAGGAGAUUGCAGGGAGAAGGGAGGAGCAGCUGGCCAGACUCUCCAGGAAACUCUCCUCUCUUGAGAGGAUCAUCCAGGAGAUGGAGGAGAAGCGUCAGCAGCCAGCGACUGAACUCCUGCAGGAUGUGAGAAGCACCUUGCAGAGGUAUGAGGAAAGAGAGAGUCUAGAGAAGUUGAUGGCUUUCCCUCCAGAGCUGAGGAACAGGAUCUUGGAAUCCUGUGAUCUAAAUCACCUUGUGGAGGAUACAAUGAAACAAUGGAAAGAUGCUGUGUUAUACAGAAAACAGUUUCAGAAAGAUGUUCAGUCAUUCAGAAAUCUCCAGAGAGCAAAUGUCACUCUGGAUCCAGACACAGCCCAUCCCCAACUCAUCCUGUCGGAGGAUUGGAAAAGCCUGAGAUUGGGAGACAAACUUCGAGACCUGCCUGAUAAUCCUGAGAGAUUCAGAUGCUGGCCUUGUGUGUUGGGACGUGAGGGAUUCACAGCAGGCAGACAUUUCUGGGAAGUCACUGUGGAAAGUGGGGAAUAUUGGACUCUGGGGGUUGCCAGGAAGUCUGUGAAGAGAAAGGGCCGCUUCUCCUUUAGCCCUGAGAGAGGGAUCUGGGCUGUGAGGAAGUGGGGAUGGGAGUACUGGGCCUGCACCUCCCCUGAUUCCUCUCUUCUGUCUCUGAGUGAGAAGCCCAGGAGGAUCCGGGUGACUCUGGACUAUGAAGGGGGACGUGUGUCUUUUUCUGACGCCGACUCAGGAGCCGAACUCUACACGUUCUCAGGAGCCUCGUUCUCGGGAGAGACCCUCCUCCCUUUCUUUGAUCUGUGGGAAAAUGAAACCCCCCUCAGUAUCUCCUGAGGAGACUAAAUCUGCCUCUCAGGCCCAGCCGGAGUUUCUCUCCAGACCAGAGUGACUGAUAUAAGAAACAUUUACCCACCAGGAGAACCUUGGGCAGUUUUUCAAGGGCUUCUUUGAGAAGAUUCAUUUUCCUUCCUUUCCCCAUAAUUCCCUCUGCAGUUUAUUUCUUCUUAAAGAGACAGUCACACUUUUAACAGUCCCAAUAAAUCAUCUUUUCCUCACUUUCAGUCUUGUUUUCCUUUUGAGAUGUCUGAUUUGGCAGAGCACGAGACUCUUAAUCCCACGGUUGUGGGUUGGAGCCCCACGUUCAGCAAAGGUUUCCUGCACUGCAGGGGGUGGGACUAGAUGACCCUCAGGAUCCCUCGCAACUCUGCAAUUCUACGAAACCUUCCUCUCCCCACAAGACAUUAUACAGCUGUGAAAUUGCAUGCAUAAUUGGAUUAAUAAAGGACUAAAAAAUGAACCCCGUCCCCCACAUCAGGCAGGAUAGCUCCUUACUCUGGAGACCUCAGAUGGGAAGAAAAUAAAAAAGAAAUUGAACAGGGCGUCAGCUUCAAAUGCCCUCUGCAAAUGCAGCCUCCCCAUCUCCACACGUUGCCAGAAAUAAAGCUCAUUGCAUUGA